UGGGAGAAGAGAUCAUCAACCCAUCAACUCAUCUUUCCAAUGUCUCGAUACAGGAUGUCAUUUCAUCCGCCAUCCCCCGCAUAGGAUUUCUUACACACGAUGGAAAGAACCCCGAUACCCUCGCCUUCCCAGCUAGCUCUAGCAAUGGCCAUUGUCAAGCUGAAGCCAGUGGGCCUGGAUAUCAAAGAACACCUAUUGCAGAUUCGACGCCACAUUGGAACCACACAUCGGACUGAUAGAUUCUAUACCCAUGACAAAUACCUCGACAGUGUCUCCUUCUGGCAACAAGCAUAUGAGCAGUCUGAAGCCGAGCAGAGCAAAUUAUUGGAACGAAUAUUCGAGUUGGAACAGCGUAACGAGUCACUUCUCGCACGGCUACAAGGUACGGGCGUCACCGGCGAAGAAGGGACUCUGAAACGCAAGGUCACCGGGAAGAGCGUGGCUUCUGGGAAUGAUGCCCCGAUACGAAAGAGAGCAAAGACACAGAUUUUCCCGCAGACAGAUUCUUUGAUGCUUGCCAAUAAUGUUUCUGAUGGACUCGGUGGCGGUGCUAUUGACCACCUACAAUUCCCCGAGCAAUUCACCGCACCUUUCAUGAGACAGUUCUAUACACUUCAGAAAGUCCUACAAAAGCGACCAAAUAACUCAAGUAUUAUCAGAGCAGCUAUCGAGUUGUGCAGUACCGCCGUCGGAAAUGUGCGCAGUGCAAUCAAACAACCGACAGAGUCUCGAGCAUCGACCAAGAAUCUAACCCAGCCUAAAAGGCCAAAUAUAUUAGCUAUUUUAAACAGCACAGAGUGCGCCUUCAGGCUUCUAGUCCAAGCCUUGAGGAAGUUGUCUACAACUGGGCGGGCCAUGCAAGAUGUCGGACAUGUCACUUAUCACAUAGUUCGCCUAUAUGAGGUUAUCAUUGAAGUUCUAGACCGGCAUUGCAAGUCCAAGUCCGAAAAGUCACUUCAAGAUACUAAAACAGGUGCCCAAACAUCCCGCCAGAGACAAAAGGCGAAGCCCAAACGGACCAAAACAGGUUGCUCCAGCGAUGUGCAGAAAGACCCCGACUACGAAUUAGCCAACCAGAUGAGCUUGUUGCUGAGUAAAAUGGCGCUCUCGCUUGACACCAACCGCUUAAGUGAGCAGAAUGUCCUGGAAGGCUUUCUGCUCAUUCUGCUUGAUCGCAUAGGAACAUUACUCUGUUUGUUCGUUUUCCAGGAUCUACGUUUACGGCCUGACCUACAGAUAGAUGAAGCCAAGUUCCCACUUCCAGAGGGUCUGAAAGAGAUAGACUUGAACGAGAACUCGAUAAAUGCGGCGGCAAUGGAGGCCAAAUUCCUCAUUUGGCCCUUAGAACGGAUUCUGACCGUCUUGGAUGAUGUCCCUGGUCAUGAUCCUUUAAGCACACAAUUCACCACAAAGGUUAAGGAAAGACUACAGAGCACCCUCCUCCACUCAGUCUUCGGCACAGACUCUCUAUGGCCAGAUGUUCUACAACGGCCUGUUCAGCCUGAUGACGCGGACCUGGAGAAAUUGCGCUCUUGCUUACAGAUCCCUGAGCAAUCGGUACCGGACUGGUUUGUACAAGAGGUUUGGAGGCUCCUAGGCUGGGAGAUGCUAGCUACGAGCAACUCUUCAAAGAUCUAGGGCUUAUCAUUUCGGCCCUGUUUUGACCCUAGCAAAUCUGUGUCUGUAUGCCACUACUGGUCUUAAUGGCGGUGGUCAGAUGUUACGUGGAUGUGAGCCGUAUAGUCUCGCUGAUACGUGAGACCAUAAGGGAAAGAUGUUAGUCGCGUCGUUAAAUUUGAUAGCAUCCUUAUUUUGAAGCCUAUUUUAGAUCUAGGAUACGUGCCGCGUUGCCACCCAAGACGCCCGCAGUAGCGUCUCCGUCAGUGUCAAAUGCGGCAUGGAUUGCCUUGUAAUUGGUCGUCACACUAGGCCAUUCCUUGUCGUCCUCACCCAGGGGAGGGAAGAACGGAUGAUCGGUCC